GUCCCUUUUUUGCGCAGCCGUGUUCCGCUCCGCUUCCCGUUCCGUUCAGGCCAAGAAUACCUUAUUUAAUAGGCUGCAAAAAAUCAUAUCUAGUAUGUAGAAUAACUUUUAAUCAUCAUUAAAGACAUUAUGGGUCGUCCUACUAUUCCAUGCAAAUCUGGUGCCGAUUGGAAACAAUUAUUCCAAGGUCAGUUUCCAAGUAAACCGAAAUUUACUGAGAAAAACUAUCCUGAUUUAGAAGGUAAAGUUGUGAUUGUUACUGGUGGUAAUUCUGGUGUUGGUUUUCAAACAGUUAAAUUAUUAGCUGGUGCAACCAAGGCUAAGAUUUACAUCUUCUCCAGAAAUGAGAAAAAAUGCAUGGAUGCAAUAAAUCAAAUUAGUUAUGAAGUUGCAGAGGAGUUCAAGGUGACUAAAACCAACAUUCAUUUCAUCAAAGUUGAUUUAGGUGACUUAACUACAAUCAGACCAGCAGUUGAAGAAUUUCUUAGAAGGGAAAAGCGAUUAGAUAUCAUAAUUCAUAAUGCUGGGGUCAUGCCUUCUGAAUACAGCAAAACUGUUCAAGGUCAUGAAUUACAAUUGGGAACAAACGUAAUUGGACCACACUUGUUGCAAAGACUUUUAGAUCCAAUUUUAAUUGCCACAUCCAAAACCAAUAAAACAGGUGAAUCAAGAAUUGUUUGGGUCUCUUCAUCCAUCCAUAUGUUUGCUCCACAAGGUGGUUUCUAUUGGGAAGAUUUAAACUAUGAAAGUGUCAAAAGCAAGCUUUGUGCUCGUUACUACGCAUUAACUUUGUACGGACAAAGUAAAGCGGGAAAUAUUGUUCAAGCUAGAACUUGGUCACGUAGACAUGAUGCUCCUAAUGUCAUUAGUAGUUCUAUUUGCCCGGGUUAUUUGAAAACCGGAUUGCAAAGAGAUUGUCCUACUUUUGAAAGUAUGAUUCUUUGGUUUUGUCUUCAUCCAGCACGUUAUGGUGCUUAUACAGAACUUUAUGCUGCUUUGUCACCAGAUGUCAAAGAUAGAUCUCAUAGCAUUGCGUAUGGUAUUCCUAGUCAUGUUAGAAAAGAUUUGAUGGAUGAUCAAGUUUGUGACAAAGUUUGGAAUUUCCUUGACAAGGCUACAGAUGCUUAUAUUUAGUCAGAUUUAAUUGUUUAGUUUGUUAUUUGUUUUUCAAUUUAUACGCUAUUUUCGC